AUGGAAACUCUCCGUCUCUUCACGAUUUCUAACCUCCCUUCAAACUGCAAACCCACAAAAUUCAAGCUGAAAAUCAGUCACAGAAAUUUCCGAUUCCCCUCAAAACCCAUACACCCGUUCUCCCAGCACCCAAUCCUCCGUCUGCCCAUCGUUAAGUGCUCUGUCAAAGCCCACCUGGACCACCACCACGACCAUGGUCACGAGCACCACCACGAUCACCGCCACCAUUGCCAUGGCCACCAUGAUUGCGAUACUCCGUUGACCAAAUCUCAGAAAGCUUUUCUCACCUUUGCGCAGGUUGUGCGGUGGCCUGAGCUAGCCGGCUUCCUGAGAGAGCAUCUGGAGCUCUGCUGCUGCGCGGCUGCGCUCUUUCUAGCCGCCGCCGUAUGCCCGUACUUUCUGCCCAAGCCGGCCGUCAAGCCUUUCCAGCAAGCUUUCACUCUCCUCGCCUUUCCCUUAGUUGGGAUUUCGGCGUCGUAUGAUGCUGCCAUGGAUGUUAUGGGUGGCAAAAUCAACAUUCACGUGCUUAUGGCUCUGGCGGCAUUUGCGUCAUUGUUUAUGGGGAAUGCUCUGGAAGGUGGAUUGCUUCUGGCCAUGUUCAAUCUAGCUCAUAUUGCGGAGGAGUAUUUUACGAGGAAGUCCAAGAUUGAUGUCAAAGAACUGAAAGAGAACCACCCUGAAUUUGCUCUUGUUCUGAAUUCGGAGAAUGGGAACACUCCAAGUUUUUCAGAAUUGAUGUACCACAAAGUCCCUGUGAACGAUUUGAAAGUCGGAUCGUACAUAUUGGUGAAAGCUGGUGAGUCGGUGCCAGUGGAUUGUGAUGUAGUCCAAGGCAGAUCAACUGUUACUAUAGAGCAUUUGACUGGAGAGGUUAAACCUGUCGAAAAGAGUGUUAGAGAUAGCAUUCCUGGUGGUGCUAGGAACCUGGAUGGUAUGAUGAUUGUUAAGGCAAAAAAGACAUGGAAGGAAUCUAUGCUGAGUAGAAUUGUGCAAUUAACUGAAGAGGCUCAGCAGAGUAAACCUAAGCUCCAAAAAUGGCUAGAUAAGUUUGGCGAGCAGUACAGCAGAGCAGUUAUAAUUUUAUCAGCUGCCAUUGCAUUGAUGGGGCCAGUUCUCUUUAAGUGGCCUUUCUUCAGUACACCAGUUUGCAGAGGAUCAGUUUACCGGGCAUUGGGACUUAUGGUAGCUGCUUCACCAUGUGCACUGGCUGUGGCACCUUUGACAUAUGCAACCGCAAUUAGUGCUUGUGCAAGAAAGGGGAUCUUGCUUAAGGGAGGUCAUGUCCUCGAUGCACUAGCUUCAUGCCAUAAUAUUGCGUUUGAUAAAACAGGGACAUUAACUACUGGGGACUUCAUGUGCAAAGCAAUUGAACCAAUACAUGGACAUAAUAGCAACAAAGAGAAGCAAGUUGCUACUUGUUGUGUACCAAGCUGUGAGAAAGAAGCUCUUGCUGUGGCUGCUGCUAUGGAGAAGGGGACUACUCACCCUAUUGGAAGAGCUGUUGUGGACCAUAGUGUUGGGAAGGAUCUCCCUCCAGUUUCUGUUCAGAGUUUUGAGAAUCUUCCUGGCAGAGGUCUUCUGGCAACAAUAUCUAGCAUUGAGCCAGGAUUUGGAGGCGGUAGACCAUUGACAGCUUCAAUUGGUUCUGUGGAGUACAUCACUUCUCUUUUUAUGUCUGAUGAUGAAUCAAAAAAGAUCAAACAGGCAAUUAGCUCUUCAUCUUACGGAGAUGACUUUGUUCGUGCAGCUCUUUCUGUCAAUAACAAGGUGACACUUUUUCAUUUUGAAGAUAAGCCUCGAGCUGGUUCUUUGGAUGUUAUAAAGUCAUUGCAAGAGCAAGGAAAUUUACGUGUUAUGAUGCUUACGGGAGAUCAUGAAUUAAGUGCAUGGAGAGUGGCUAAUGCAGUAGGCAUCAAAGAAGUUCACUACAGCCUCAAGCCGGAGGACAAACUUUAUCAUGUGACAAGUAUUUCAAGAGAUACAGGUGGGGGCUUAAUUAUGGUAGGUGAUGGUAUUAAUGAUGCACCUGCCUUGGCUGCAGCCACAGUGGGCAUUGUUCUAGCAGAGCGUGCCAGUGCAACUGCAAUAGCUGUUGCCGAUGUCCUUUUGCUGCAAGACAAUAUCUCAGGGGUUCCAUUCUGUGUGGCCAAAGCUCGUCAAACGAACUCCUUGGUCAAGCAAAACGUGGCACUUGCUUUAUCCAGCAUUGUUUUGGCCUCUCUUACGUCUGUUUUUGGGGUUUUACCACUUUGGCUAACUGUCCUCCUCCACGAAGGAGGGACCCUUAUUGUUUGUCUGAAUUCCGUUCGUGCUCUGAAUGCCCCAUCGUGGUCCUGGAAGCAUGACCUUCUGCUACUUGUCGACAAAUUACGGUCACUCGUUUUACGCUUACUGAAGCAUGAUGCUGAUCAUGACACCAUACAAGCUGCACCUCUGUAA